AUGGAGCGGGACCCGGCGGCGGGCGAGGACCCCGCGCCCCCGGACAGGCGGCCGCAGGGACGGCGAGGACGACGGCGGAGGCGCCGGGAGAGCCGGACGCGCACGGUGCGCUCCAACCUGCAGCCGCCGCCCGGCAGCGCCCACGAGGACCCCGCGGAGGGCGCGGCUCAGGGCGCACGGCGGCGGCGGCGGCGGCGGUGGCGGUGGCCCGGGCGCGGGGGCGCGCAGCGCCUGGCCGACAACCGGCUCAAGACCACCAAGUACACGCCGCUGUCCUUCCUGCCCAAGAACCUGUUCGAGCAGUUCCACCGCCUGGCCAACGUCUACUUCGUCUUCAUCGCGCUGCUCAACUUCGUGCCCGCCGUCAACGCCUUCCAGCCCGGCCUGGCGCUGGCGCCCGUGCUCUUCAUCCUGGCGGUCACGGCCUUCAAGGACCUGUGGGAGGACUACAGCCGCCACCGCUCCGACCACGAGAUCAACCACCUGGGCUGCCUGGUCUUCAGCAGGGAGGAGAAGCAGUAUGUGAGCCGGUUCUGGCGGGAGAUCCGCGUGGGAGACUUCGUGCGUCUCCGCUGCAACGAGAUCAUCCCCGCCGACAUCCUGCUGCUCUCCUCCAGCGACCCCGACGGCCUGUGCCACAUCGAGACGGCCAACCUGGACGGGGAGACCAACCUGAAGCGGCGGCAGGUGGUCCGUGGCUUCUCGGAGCUCGUCUCCGAAUUCGACCCUUUGACCUUCACCAGCGUCAUCGAGUGCGAGAGGCCCAACAACGACCUGAGCAGGUUCCGAGGCUGCAUCACGCACGACAACGGGAAGAAGGCCGGGCUGCACUUGGAGAACCUGCUGCUGCGAGGCUGCACCGUCCGGAACACGGAGGCCGUGGUCGGCAUCGUCAUCUACGCAGGACACGAGACCAAGGCGCUGCUGAAUAACAGCGGCCCGCGGUACAAGCGCAGCCUGCUGGAGCGGCAGAUGAACUUCGACGUGCUCUGGUGUGUCCUCCUCCUCGUGUGUGUGUCUCUCUUGUCCGCGGUCGGCCACGGCGUGUGGGUGCGGCGCUACCAGGAGAAGGAAGCGCUGUUUGGCGUCCCCGAGGCGGACGGCAGCUCCUGGUCCCCGGUCACGGCCGCGGUGUACUCGUUCCUGACCAUGAUCAUCGUCCUGCAGGUGCUGAUCCCCAUCUCGCUGUACGUCUCCAUCGAGAUCGUCAAGGUCUGCCAGGUGUACUUCAUCCACCAGGACGCGGAGCUGUACGACGAGGAGACGGACGCCCGGCUGCAGUGCCGGGCGCUGAACAUCACCGAGGACCUGGGCCAGGUCCGCUACGUCUUCUCCGACAAGACGGGCACGCUGACCGAGAACAAGAUGGUAUUCCGGCGCUGCACCGUGUCCGGGACGGAGUACUCGCACGACGCCAACGCCCAGCGGCUGGCCCGGUACCAGGAGGCCGACUCGGACUCGGAGGAGCCGGCGCCCAGAGGCGGCUCUCUGUCGCAGCGCGGCAGCAUCGGGAGCCACCAGAGCGUCCGCCUGGUGCACCGGACGCAAAGCACCAGGUCGCACCGGCGCACGGGCAGCCGGGCCGAGGCCAGGAGGGCCAGCAUGCUGUCCAAGCACACGGCCUUCAGCAGCCCCAUGGAGAAGGACGUCACGCCCGACCCCAGGCUGCUGGAGAAGGUGAGCGAGUGCGACCGGCGCCUGGCCGUGGCGAGGCUCCAGCAGCACCCGCUGGCCCACCUCUCGCCCGAGCUGUCGGACGUCUUCGACUUCUUCAUCGCCCUCACCAUCUGCAACACGGUCGUGGUCACCGCCCCGGAUCAGCCCCGGCAGAAGGUGAGGGUGCGGCUUGAGCAGCUCAAGUCCCCCGUGAAGACCAUAGAAGGUUUCCUCCGCAGGUUCUCGCCCAGCCGCCUGGGCCUGGCGGGGUGCGCCAGCGCGGGGAGCCUGCCCGCCCCCAAGGCCAACUCCAAGUUCCUGUCGGUGCUGUCGGCGGACAGCGCGCUGCUGGGGCUGGAGGAGAAGCUGAGCCAGCCCGCCCAGGCCCAGGCCGCGGCCCGCCAGAGCUGCGGGGAGGACGGCUGGGCGCCCCGGCCAGGCGCCCCGGACCCGUGCGCCCCGGACCGGUGCGCCCUGGAGCGCGCGCCGCCGCCGCCCAAGGAGCCGGAGCUGCGCUACGAGGCCGAGAGCCCCGACGAGGCCGCGCUGGUGUACGCGGCGCGCGCCUACGACUGCGCGCUGGUGCAGCGCCUGCAGGACCGGGUGGCCCUCGAGCUGCCGCACCUGGGCCGCCUCACCUUCCCGCUGCUGCACACGCUGGGCUUCGACUCCACGCGCAAGAGGAUGUCGGUGGUGGUGCGGCACCCGCUCACCCAGGAGGUCCAGGUCUACACCAAGGGCGCCGACUCGGUGGUCAUGGACCUGCUGCUGCCCUGCUCGCCAGAUGACGCCAGGGGAAGGCAUCAAAAAAAAAUCCGCAGCAAGACCCAGCAUUACCUCAACCUGUACGCCGUGGAGGGCCUGCGGACCCUGUGCAUCGCCAAGAGGGUGCUGAGUAACGAGGAGUACGCCUGCUGGCUCCAGAGCCACCUCGAGGCGGAGUCCGCCGUGGACAACCGGGAGGAGCUCCUGUCUCAGUCGGCCACGCGCCUGGAGACCAACCUGCACCUUCUGGGUGCCACCGGGGUCGAAGACCGCCUGCAGGACGGCGUUCCCGAAACCAUCGCCAAGCUGCGCCAGGCGGGCCUGCAGAUCUGGGUCCUCACGGGCGACAAGCAGGAGACGGCCGUGAACAUCGCCUACGCCUGCAAGCUGCUGGACCAGGACGAGGAGGUGCUCACCCUCAACGCCGACUCCCAGGAGGCGUGCGCAGCCCUGCUGGACCAGUGCCUAGCCUACGUGCAGGCCCGGGCCCCCCGCAGCGCCCCGGAGAAGACGCCGGCGGGCAGCGUGAGCGUGCGGUUCCGCCCGCCCUCCGAGGCCGCCGCCGCCGCCGCCGCCGCCGGCCCCUGCGCGAGCCUCGUGAUCGACGGGCGGAGCCUGGCCUACGCCCUGGAGAAGACCCUGGAGGACAGGUUCCUCCUCCUGGCCGAGCAGUGCCGCUCGGUGCUCUGCUGCCGCUCGACGCCCCUGCAGAAGAGCAUGGUGGUGAGACUGGUGCGCAGCAAGCUCAAGGCCAUGACCCUGGCCAUCGGAGACGGAGCCAAUGAUGUGAGCAUGAUCCAGGUGGCCGAUGUGGGCGUGGGCAUCUCCGGCCAGGAGGGCAUGCAGGCAGUGAUGGCCAGCGACUUCGCCGUGCCCCGGUUCCGUUACCUCGAGAGGCUGCUGAUCGUGCACGGGCACUGGUGCUACUCCCGGCUGGCCAGCAUGGUGCUCUACUUCUUCUACAAGAACACGAUGUUCGUGGGCCUCCUCUUCUGGUUCCAGUUCUUCUGCGGCUUCUCCGCCUCGGCCAUGAUCGACCAGUGGUACCUGAUCUUCUUCAACCUCCUCUUCUCCUCGCUGCCCCAGCUCGUGACCGGGGUGCUGGACAAGGACGUGCCGGCCCACGCGCUGCUGGCCCAGCCCCAGCUGUACCGCAGCGGCCAGAACAUGGAGGAGUACCGGCCCCGCGCCUUCUGGUGGAACAUGGCGGACGCUGCCUUCCAGAGCCUGGUCUGUUUCUUCAUUCCCUACCUGGCCUACUAUGACUCCGACGCGGACGUGUUUACCUGGGGGACCCCCAUCACGGCCAUCGCGCUGCUCACCUUCCUGCUGCACCUGGGCAUCGAAACCAAGACCUGGACCUGGCUCAACUGGACGGCCUGCGGCUUCAGCGCCCUGCUGUUCUUCACGGUGGCUUUCGUCUACAACAGCUCCUGCGCCACGUGCUACCCUCCGUCCAACCCGUACUGGACGAUGCACACGCUGGCGGGCGACCCCCUGUUCUACUUGACCUGUCUCAUCGCGCCCAUCACCGCCCUGCUGCCCAGGCUGUUCUUCAAAGCUCUGCAGGGCAGCCUGUUCCCCACGCCGCUGCAGCGGGCGCGCCAGCUGGCCCAGAGCUCCCCCAGGAAACGCAGCGCCCCCAGAGGCACUCAGGGACACCUCCCGGGAGCCCCGAGCCCCGACACCGCAGAGCCGAGCGGCCCCGGGACCUCGCCAUCCGCCUCCCAGGACGACGCCUCGCCGCCGGGGUCUUGGCAUACGAUGCCGCCACCGCCGCCCGGCCCCCCGGAGGCCAGCGAGGAGCCCAGCCCCGUGGACGUGGACGUGGACGUGGACGUGGACGUGGACGUGGACGUGGACGUGCCCCUGAGGGAGGCCUCGCGCCGCCGGGCCCCGGACUGCCCCUCCCCGCCCGGGGACGCGGUUCUGGAACGGUGUUCCGGGGACUCCAAGGGGAAGCCCGCCCGCACCGCCGCCGGCAGGGCGGCCUCGCUCUCGUCCUCGCUCUCGUCCGUCUUCAGCCUCCCCCACUGGCGCUCGCUCGGCUGGAUGUCCUCGCUGUCCCUGGUCGGCGGGCUGGGCGGCGUGUGGCAGCUCUCCCGGAGCAGCCUGCACGCGGACAAGCGGGAAGCCGAGGGCCUGCCGGGCCCCCCGCCCCCGCCGGACCGGGGACCUGUGCGGCCUAGGCCAGCGGGCCGCCGACUACUUCUAGGGCCGGAGCCCGGCCGGGGGGCCGCCGGGGGCCGCGGGGGCCGGCGGGAGGGCGGGGCGGCGAACACCGCCCGCUGACCUUUAUUUUUCUCUUUUUUUUUAUAACGUAGAUGUUCAUAGUAUUUAUGCUUCUUAUUUGCACAGAAGAGGUCUCUAGGAAGACGUAUUUUAUAUGUGUCCCAGGCUCGCGCCGGGAGCGAGAGGUACCCAGAGGACCAGGGAGAGUUUAUUUUUUAAGUCCCGAGUCAGAGUGUCUUGGACGAGGGACAGGUCCGCGCGUGAAGGUAUAAAAACGUUUAAAUAAGAGCGACCCUCCGUUUC